AUGAGUAGAAAAGCUUAUCAUGCCGGUUCUUGGUAUACUGAUAAUGGACCUCGUUUAAACAAGGAGCUUAGUCAAUGGUUAGAAAAUGUACCAACUUUGACGGAAGACAACGUUCCUAUUCCGGUGCCUGGAGCUCGCGCGAUAAUUGCACCGCAACGCGUAUUCAUUCUCGGCCCUUCUCACCAUGUAUACCUUACAAAAUGUGCCAUUUCACAAUGCACCGAGUAUGAAACGCCUUUGGGAGAACUGCUUUUGGAUACUGAAGUUAUUAAUGAAUUGCGGCAAACUGGUUACUUUGAUGAAAUGUCACUUAUCGUUGAUGAAGAAGAACAUAGUAUUGAGAUGCAUCUUCCAUAUGUUUAUAAGAUUUUGGAAAGCAAGAUUAAUUCUAUCAAGAUCGUGCCAAUCAUGGUUGGCUCGUUAUCAGAAUCCAAAGAACAUUUAUACGGAAAAAUUCUUAGUUCUUACCUUUCCGAUCCAUCAAAUUUAUUCGUUAUCUCAUCAGAUUUUUGUCAUUGGGGCCAGCGAUUUUCAUAUACCUAUUAUUCUGAUUCAGUCAACACAAGUACUUAUCUCUCACGUAAAUCUAAUACACCUCUAUCAAUUCCGAUAUAUAAGUCUAUCGAGAAUCUCGACCGUGAAGGGAUGACCAUUAUCGAAGAGAUGAAUCAUGAAGAAUUUCACACAUAUCUUUCUAAAACAAAGAAUACUAUAUGUGGAAGACAUCCUAUUGGAGUAUUUUUAAGCACGAUCGAUGCAUGGCAAAAUAGUCAAGAAAAAACUAUUACGGAAGGUGGAGAAAAGCCCGAUCUACCUUUUGAUACUACAAAACCAAGGAUUAGAUUUGUUCAUUAUUCACAAUCAAGUCAAGUUACUCGUGGAGAUGAUAGCAGUGUUAGCUACGCUUCAGCAUAUGUUUAUUUACCAUGA